AUGGGCGAGAACGAGAACGAGAACAAGAGGAGGCGGAUGAGGAGACGCCACACACACGUGCCAGCGCUGCGCAUGCCGGCCUACACGCGAGGCGACCCGGGCGAGCAGAAGGACGUAAGACCAAGCAGCGCGUGCGUGCGUGUUUUUACCACCGGAAAGAAUCCUCCUCUCCGCCAGAUGCGCUGCUGACAGGCUCUCAAACACGGGCAAAGUCAAAACCAGUCCAUUUUGGGGGCCGGGAAUGUGACUCGCACGCCAUGCCUUGUAGACGGCGGGAGAGAGAGAGAAAGAGGUAACCCAAAAAGGAAGAAAAUAAACGAAGAAGAAGAAGAAGAGAACGAAACGAAACGAGCAAAAUUCCACUCUCUUUUUUUCGAGGAACGUUCUCUGGCAACCCGAGCAACAGAUCUCGCAGUUUCUCGGGGAGGCGAUAUGCGAG